AUGUCGUCAAAGCUAAUCGUGGUGUUUGGAGGCACAGGCAAACAGGGAGGCUCAGUUAUCAACUCCUUCCUAAAUGACCCAACGUGGAGAAUUCGUACCAUCACUCGAAAUGUCAGCAAACCACAAAGCAUAGCUUUACAAGAAAUAGGUGUUGAAGUCGUUCAAGGCGAUCUCAACAAGGUUGAAACUCUCAUUGCUGCCAUUCAAGGCGCGAACGUUGUCUUUGGUGUAACUGACUUCUGGGAACCUUUCUUCAACUCAGCUACGCAAGAUAAGCUUGCUGCUGGUCAACUCAUCAAUCAAUACUGUUACGGCGUGGAAAUCCAGCAAGGGAAGAACAUUGCAGAUGCAGUAGCAACUAUUGCCGAUGAAACCCUCGAUUUGUUUGUAUGGUCUACUUUAGCAAAUGUCAAGAAGUGUAGCAAUGGAAAGUAUACCUGGGUGUACCACUUCGAUUCCAAAGCCGAGAUCUAUGACUACAUCAAAAAAUCACUUCCACAACUAGCAAAGAAAACCUCCUCGGUUUUGAUUGGCAACUACGCUGAUAACUGGAUAUCCGCACCCUUUACUGCUCCUCGAAAAGCCGCAGAUGGUGUGUACGAGCUAUCAACAUUCGCAAAAGCUGAAACAUUGAAUCCUUGGGUGAACACCCGUGGUGACACCGGAAAAUUCGUACGAGCUCUUGUGCAAGCGCCACCAGGAAAGGAUUUGUUAGGGGUUAGUGAGAUGGUGACCUACGGCGAUUAUUUGAAGACAUGGGGUGAUUUGAAUGGAGUGCCCACUAGAUUUAAUCAGCUUUCUGCCGAAGAAUUUCAUAAAACCCUUCCAGCGGCUGUUAGCAAGGAAAUCCAAGAAAGUCUUGCGUUCAAUGAAGAAUUUGGGUGGGACGGCGGUGAGCCUGGUGUCCUGCGUCCUUCCGACCUUAAAUUGGAAGAACCACUAACCAAUGUCAGGGAAUGGAUCAAGGCGCAAGAUUGGUCAGCUAUUAUUAAUUGA